AUGGAGAGGGAGAGGGAGCGGGAGGUGGAGGUGAAGGUGGGUAUGUCCAUUUGCCUGGGCUGGUGUUGGAGGAGGAGCGAUGAGGCGGCAAGCCUGGACGAUGGAGGCUGGAAGACAGAGGGAGCAAACAGCGGGUCUAGGUUUGAUCAUUGCGGAGGUGGAUGAGCGCCUCCAGGGGGUCGUUUGUGUUGUUGGGUGGUUCUUGGCUGUUCACAGGUCUUGACCCACUGACUGACUGGUGGCCCCCUGUACUGGUGGUGGACUGGGGGGUGUGAAGGGUCUGGACUGAGGCUGUAGGUAGGUAGGACUGGGGUCUGAAUGGAUAGUUCAGAGCUUCUGCUCUUUUCUAUAACCUGUAGGGAACACACUAUAUGGUCUAUACUCACUUAUGGGUGGCACAAAUUGGGAUAUGGGAAUGGGUGGAGUAUAUGCAAAUUAAAUACUGUAGUAUUACUAUAGUAAAUCUAGUAUAUACUAUACUACUUACUGUAGUGUUUUUGCAGACAUUACUGUAGUAUUUACUAAAGUUUGUAUUUAUUUAUUAUUAUCCUUGAGGAAACCUACUGGGCAAAUACUAAGAGAAAAUUUUCCAUGUUCUGUAGAACUGGCAUCUGAACAGAUAGUUCUGUGCUUCUGCUCUUUUCUAUAACCUGUAGGGAACACAAUAUAUGGUUAAUAAUUGGCAUGUAGGUUUCUCACUCAUGAGUGGCACAAAUUGGGAUAUGGGGGAUGUGAAUGGGUGGAGCAUAUGCAAAUUAAAUAAUGUAGUAUUACUAUAGUUUAAAAAACAUAGUGUUUUUGCGUAUAAUACUGUAGUAUUUAAUAUAGUAUUUACCAGUAUACUACAAAAGUAUAUAGUAAGUACUACACAUGAUUGAGGGAUACUACAGAGUGUAGUAUAGUAUUCUACAGUAUACAAAUCAAAUUUUAUUGGUUGCAUAAACAUAUUUAGCAGAUGUUAAUGCAGGUGUAGCGAAAUGCUUGUCAGGAGCCAUGAACAGGGCUAUCGGUGCCAUACUACAGUUAACUUCAGAAUACUAUACAAUUCUACAGUAAGUACCAUAGUAUUCUAUAGCAAACUGUAGUAUUUUUUUAAAAUGUGGGUUCAACCUCUCUUUUCACACGUGCAACAUGUCUCCUAAUAUAUUCAGUGGAAUGGACCUGGUCCCAGAUCUGUUGGUGCUCUUGCCUACUCUUGUCAUUGUCAAGCCAAACAGUAUUACUUGUAUGUGCUGUGAAUAGCAAUUCAGCUUUUUGCUGCCAAGUACGGCCUACAUGUAGUAGUAAUAAUAAUAAUAAUAAUAAUAAACUACUACUAACUAAAAAUUAAAUUCAUUUCUAAUUAGGAGUUGGCAAAAGAGCAGAAACAGACUUGUAACCAGGCCACUGGACUGAUGCAUCACAAACACAUGCCAUGAGUCAUGGUGCUUUCCUGCUAAUAACAAAAGGACUCAUACAUCACACAAGAAAACAGGCAGAGAAACUUGGCAAGGGAGUGAGCAGAGACCAAUGCCAUGCCAUCCAGCAAGGUGUUUCACUCAGAACUAUUUCCUCUGAGAAAUUCGAGGAAUGCUAUUUAUAACUUUAGUGUAGUAGUACUGCAUUAAAGGGGAAGAGGUUAAUUUAUUUUAAUGUCAGAAAUAAUCUUAUCAUCAAGAGGUGUGCAGAGAGGAAAUAUUUUGUUUACUAUUAGUCCUUCCACAUGUACUAAUACAUGUGGUACUAAUACAUGUGGUACUAAUACAUGUGGUAGUAAUACUUGUGGUACUAAUACAUGUGGUAGUUAUACAUGUGGUACUAAUACAUGUGGUAGUAAUACUUGUGGUACUAAUACAUGUGGUACUAAUACUUGUGGUACUAAUACUUGUGGUACUAAUACAUGUGGUACUAAUACAUGUGGUAGUAAUACAUGUGGUAGUAAUACUUGUGGUAGUAAUACAUGUGGUAGUAAUACAUGUGGUAGUAAUACAUGUGGUAGUAAUACAUGUGGUACUAAUACAUGUGGUAGUAAUACUUGUGGUAGUAAUACAUAUGGUAGUAAUACUUGUGGUACUAAUACUUGUGGUACUAAUACAUGUGGUAGUAAUACUUGUGGUACUAAUACAUGUGGUACUAAUACUUGUGGUACUAAUACUUGUGGUACUAAUGCUUGACCUACUUUAUGCAUGUGUUUGUGCUAUCAAUUGCCAUUUAAAUUGGUAUCAUUUUCCUUGGAGUGAUGUUGUUGUAGGCUGCAAAGUUACUGACCUUUGAAGAAACCAAAAGGCGUGCUAUCAGUAACAAAUGAAUUUAGCGGAUACAUGCUUAAUACAGAUUAUCCAUUGAUGUCAUAUGACAAGUCAGGCUGCAAAAUUGAAUUGAGUCUGGACAGCCACUUUUUUUUAUAAACAAAAGGUUGAAUAUCCAGUGUAGCCAAAGUCUGUGGACUAGUUUUAUGUAGCUCUCUAUGUCCACAUUGAAUUGUCAACCACUUUGUUUGACAUGUUAAUGAGACAACAAGAGAGGAGGACAUAAUAUAGUAUGUUGGCCUCAUAAAAGUUAACAGAACUGUCUGUAACAUAGCUGAGGUAGGGAGGUCAGGUCAUGGCCUAAACGUUUAGUCAGCAUUUGUAGUGCCCAACAAGUGAAGCCGUAUGGCAAGUGACAACAACCCUGUGCUUGAGUGGCAUGCCUACUAUGAGCUAAUUUCACAGCUCACACAGGUAGCUAUGGAAUACUAUCACUCCUACAGAGCAGGCCUCACACUCUCCAACAUACAAGGGUAGAGUUGACUGAAGCCAUGCUUGUGUUGCAUUCUAGGACACAAAUAUCCUUCUGAGAAAAACAGACCAUGUGAUUUCAAAAAAAGUUUGUAUUUCUGAAUCUUUUUAUUAGGUCAACAACAGCCAUGGCAAAUUAAAUACAUGUAUUACUUCUCCAGUCGUCAUAAAGGCCAUGGAGGGAAGACACUGUCAGAGGUGGAAAGCAACGAAUUACAACUUUUACCUGAGCCGUUUUUUACACCAGUAGUUUUACUUCUAGUGGGAUUUCAUUAAAGUAACAGUACUUACACUUGUGUAGGAUAUUUCAAUACUCGUUCCACCCCUGGACACUGUGUUUGCUUAUAAUGUGCUGUAUGUGCAGUGCUUGACUUGGACAGGAACACACCAGUUUGUUUUCUACUGCUAGUGUUCUGUCACCUCUUAUAGAAUAUUGGCUAUAUUCUGGCACCUAAAUAUGUACAGUACUCUAUGGCACCCAGAAAGAGUACCGCCACCAAUUUCAGACCACUUCAAGCGCUUUGUAUGUGUACAAAGCAGUGAUAUUUUGUGGUGACAAAUACCUGCAUAGGACUGUGUUUCACCAAGGAGGUAGACAGAAGAAGUAAACACUGUACAAACCAAUGUGAGAUGAUCCAAUGCAAAUUCCUAUUGAAAUAUAUGGCUCUCGUUUCACCUAGUCAACCCAGCUUGUGCCAUGUGUUUCUAUACUGAGCUCAGUUAACAACAAACAACAAAUACAUUGCUACAUGUGUUACAUUCACACCUUUGAAUAGUUGCGACAUGAAAACCCUUGUACCAUCCCGUAUCAAUACACAAAACAGACCUUACUUUUUAUCCAUAACUGGAAACAAAGCUUCAGCUAACUGACAACCACACGUUUUUUUGUUGUUGCAAUUGUGACCUCAACAUUGUUUCUUGAUACCAGUGAUUCUAAUGUUAAAUUGCAGUAAAUCUGAGCCAGAGAUUACUUUCUAUCCAUUACAUGAGGUAUUUAUAAUUAUGGUGAAGUAUCCCUUUAAAGACAUGACAGAGACCCAAUUGUCUGUCUAAAACGACCCACUUCCUGUCUAUUAUAAAAAUGUGAUCCUCAGGGAACAUACUUUAAUCUUAGCAUUGUCUUGUGCUGGAUCUGUUUUUCAACUUUAUUGUUGGACAAAGUUAGAUUGACCUCUCAUCAGAUUUUAUUUCUGUACUACAAUUUGAUAUUUUAAGAUUGUUAAUCAUCAUACCAGCACACAAAAAUCCCUGAAAUCAAGUCAAGAGUAGGAGAGGUAGGUAAAGGUAAGUAGCAUGUCUUCUCACACAGCAGAGAAUAAGGGGAGGAGUCACACUAGGUUACUGGGCAUGUGAGGUUAGUGAACCACAUAGUGGGAGAGUUGGAGGGUAGCUAAGCACAGAGGGAAAGACACUUAGAGCGAUCACUUUCCCACUUGUCCCAGGUUCACCCAAAGCUCAAACCUUUACACCCUCACUGAGUCUCUGGCUGGAGUUACGAACAUGGCCAAACUCAAGACAAUGUCAGCUCAGGUUUCUCUCAUGGGACACCAGCAGCAGUGGUCAGCUGUCAGAAGGUUUUACUAUGCCUGCUGUGUGUGUUUGUAAUCAACCAGAAGGUAGUUGAAAACAAGCUGCACCCAUAAGAGUCAAAAUUACACUGAUACACACAGACCAGUCAUCGGUACAUAUAUCUAACUCACUUCUGAAGGACGGAGACGUGCUACGCAACUUGUCAAUAUGUUAGUCAGAAUAUCUUACAAUAAAACUAUUGGUUUUACACUAUGUCAUCUGUCUAUGAUAAUUACUAUUGUGAAAUGACAGUCCAAGUCCUGAUAUGACCUAUUGCAUACAUUCUGCCCAAAAUACUGCCUAGCUUUCCCAUGUGUCCAAUUUGUUAUUUCAGUUAGUAUAAUGCUAUAGUCUGUACAUCUCCUUUAUCAAUUUUAAUUUCUCUCAGCCUUAGAUGAAAAUAAGAAAUUAUAACGUGUACUGUUCUUGGAUCGUUUGCUAUUUAUGUUGCACUAUGCCUUUACACCCAUGGAAUGGUGAUCAUCCUUAAUAGCCUCCCUCAAUAAUGGAUUUCAGUUUCUAUUCAUAUCCACUUACUCCAGAGAGUUGUCAAGCCAUCUAGCACAGUAAUUAUGGCUGCUGGCCAUCAUUUAAAAGGUGUCUUAAAAUAACCUCAUCAUCGACAGACAGCAGAUUAUUUGAGUAUGUAUGUAUGUAUGUUCCGGUGAUAUUCAUAUUUUGGAGAGUUGGAUGACAUUUCUGUCUGUCUGUCUGUCUAGCUGCUGUCCAGUAAAUUAGCUACAAAGAUCGAAAUGACCAGCUGCGCCAUCUGCUGGUGUAUCUAAAUCAGUAGAGAGGACAGUCAAAGACAUGAAUAUAAGCUAACUGAAAUCCCCGAUCACACUUGUAGAAGAUGUCAUGGCGACGUUGGCUGGCUAAACUCAAAACGGUCGUCUCGCACUGAACUGCGCAUGUGCAAGCCAUCAAAUCAAAGGCACUCCGAUAUAAAGUUGUUUUUGACGAAAAUUAAAACGUGGCAGUUUGUCAUUUUCACGAGGUUAGAGUACUAACAUAUUCAACUACUGAAGACAUUGGCUCGAAUCUAGGUUGUGCCUUUCAAUUUUGAGAAAAGUAACAACUAAGCAAUAAUUGUUCACUUCUCUCAUUGACUUCUCAAACUCCAAACCCCGGCCUGGUCUAUUUGGUCUGUUUCGCAAGCGUUCCCGAAAGUCUCGCGAUGUUGCGCCUCUGGGGUUAGAAACUCUGUGCUCAACAGGUGUGGUCUCAUCAAAGUUUAUAAUUUCAAAAUGAAAAUGGCCUCCAUAACAACCACAGAGCUUUUUGAUACACAACUCCUGGUAAUAACGUUUUAUUGUCCUUUACAUUUAUUUAAAUUGUUGUAAGUAGCAAGCAAACGAUACUCAACACACUAUUAUUUGUACUUUGGGUAAAAUCGGUACAAUCUGAUAAGCUUCUUCGCUAAGAACAAAGGAAACCAAAAUAGCUAACCAGCUAGCCUGGGGCCUGUUGCACAAAACUAGGAUAAGGGAUUAAGCCAGGAUAUCUUGGUGAUCCUGGCUCAAUUGAUCCGUAAUCCGGUUGCACUAAAGAUGGAUAGGGGGCAGGAGGAUAUGUUAUGGUAUAAAUUACCAUGGAGAUUUAUUCUGUGGAGCUAGCCUGCUCCAGACCAGGCUAAAUUCCAGGAUCUAUUUAAUCUCAUCCCUAAUGUCAGUCAGCAGUCACCACAAAUGGAAACCAAUAGUUAUUUCACUGCUCACUAUACAUUGUUAUCACAUAUAACUAGACCCACUGUCAUUAUUUAAACGUUUGUGAUCAUUAAUUUCAAUGAUUUUGGAUAAAAAAAGAUUUUUAGAUGAUGUUGCUAUCAUUAGAUAAUUUACAGUUUCCCAUAGACUAUAAGGCUAUAUAUAAAAUGAUAGAAUAUUAGGGCCACAGAGGGGAAAAAAACACAAGUCAUAAUAUUGUAACCAGUUGUUUUAAAGGAGGACAGUUGUUAAAAUGACAGAUGUGGGGCAUUUCGUGAAAUUGUACUUCAGUAUGGUUUCAUAAACAAAGACAUGCUGAUGUGCCAGAAUAUUAAGUAUCACAUUGUCAUAAGUAUCAAAACUGUAAAAACAAUAUGUAGCUUUUCUGCAGAAAGAACCAGCCUCAUAAAUUUAUGACUUUAUCCUUUUUCUUCAGUGUGGCCCUAGUACUCUGUCAUAUAAACAAAUACACAUUCCAUAUGAAUAUAAAAACACAAUGUGUAACAUUAUGUUCCUUUAUUGAAUAAGGACAAAACAAAGCAGGUAAACCAUCAGCUCCUUUCGAAACUGAAGUCACAGUGACUCUACAAGAUGGAAAGCACAGAAUCCAAGCAUAUUAUACAAAAUGAUACAUACACAUUCAAAGGUCUGUAUAUAACACACCCUGCAUGUCUGCACACUAAAAUAAAUGCAGGACAAAUCCAUACACAUCAACUGAACAGACAAAUGAAUGGAUGCAGUAGCCUCCCUGCAGCCUUGUAUUACACACAGUAUACCGCACAAACAUCAUAAGAGGCCAAAUUCGUAAAAAAACGAACCCAAAAAAACCCAAAUUCCUCUGCCACCGCAGGACAUAUUUAACCAAAAUUGAAAGCACACAUACUAACUAAAAUAAUUCAACACAUAUUGGUCCCUCAGCAGCCGACCACUGUCGUCAUCAGGGAAGAUUGCCGGAUUGUCCCAGUCCAUGGCUGGUGGCACUCUGGGGGCCCUCUCCUUCCUCAGGCAGGCCACAUUGUGGAGGACAGCACAAGCCACAGUAAUAUCACAUGCCCUAACAGGGCUGACCCUUAAUUUGUGAAGGCAGUGAAAGCGUGCCUUCAGGAGGCCAAAGGUCAUUUCAACUCUGGCCCUGGUCCUGGCAUGGGCAUGGUUGUAGGCCUGCUGUGCUUCCUGGGGGUCUGUGAAAGGUGUCAGGAGAAAAGGCUGGCAGCCAUACCCCCUGUCUCCCAGCAACACACCAGAGAAUUCACCUGUCAACACAAAAUCUCAUCAUUACUACCUCAUAAACACAGUGAUAUUCUUGACACAGCCAUGAUGGUUAUAAAUAGGGGUUGUGUGGCUUACCUUGUGAUAGGCACUGAUAGAUUUCAGAGGCCCGAAAGAUUCUGGAGUCAUGGACUGAGCCAGGCCAUUUUGCCACAACAUUGCUGAUCACACAGUCAGCAUUGCAGACCAUCUGAAAUCAUAAGAUGAGGAAUAUUACACCAAUCAAUGCACAUCACUGGCAAUGCAGAGUGUUCGUCAAUGGACAAUAUCAAAAAGUUAUGUUCACCUGAACAUUAAUGCUGUGAAAGGAUUUCCUAUUCACAAAAUCGGCCUCAUGGGCACCUGAGGGGGCUUUUAUCCUUAUGUGUGUGCAGUCCACUGCACCAAUGACAUUGGGGAAACCUGUCACACAAAGUAAUGAGUAUCCUACUAUGUGUUAACAGUUGUCCUGUAAUUUGUAGAUCCUCUUACCUGCAAUCCUAUAGAACUCCUCUUUGAUGUCACAGAGUCUUCUGUGGCCAGGGAAGGAGAUGAAGACAUCUGCUAAUGCUUUGAUAGCCAGACACACACUCCUUAUUGUGCGGCAAAUUGUGGCCUUGUUCAGCUGUUCUGCAUCCCCCACUGAGUACAGGAAGGCUCCACUAGCAAAAAAGCGCAAGGCCACACAAACCAUUUGCUCCACACUCAGUGCAUGGCUCCGUGCAGUGCGGUGCUUAAUCCUGGGACCCAGUAGUCUGCAUAGAUACCUGAUGCCAUCUGCAGAAAACCUGUAUCUUUCAUAUAGAUGGUCAUCAGGGAAGGCCAGUGGGUCCAACCGGUCCCUGAAGACCCUUUCUCGCCUGAAGGCUCUCCUCAGCACAAGUGCUUCUUCAUCCACCACAUCUCGCACGAAUGGGCAUGCCAUUGUCAGAGCAGAAAGGAACACACAAUUUUGGGCCUUCAUAUAGGCUAGUGGCCACACCUGGUGCUGGGGGGGUGGGCAAAAGAGGGCGAUGCCUUAUAACGAUGACUUGGUUGUACUGAUUGCUGGGAAAAUAAAAAAAACCUUAGAAAGAUGCCACCGUCCUGUGUGCUCACAAUAAGAGCUCAUAUGUCAUGGCUCACUUGACUUUACGAGAAUAUACCUAAUUUUUAUUUUGAGCUGUGUCAUCUUCUUGGAGCUGGGGGAGGAAAGAAAAAUAAUGAUUAAUACAUUUGUGUUACAGUUAGCAUACAGUGUACAUUGAAGGCAUAUCUCACCUCCCUCUCAAGUUUUUUUAUUUCAAGGUCCAGUUUCCUAAUUGUCCUCUUUUUUAUUUCGGACUCCAGUGUAAGAUUUUCCAUCUUUUUCUUCUUGUACUGAAUGUCUAUGUCUGCCAGUUCUAUUUGGCGCCGGAGGUGGUUGCCAUACAACUUUCUGAUAGCUUGUGAGCUCUGUGAACACAAUACAAUUAGCGCAGCUGGAAUUUGGCAGGAUGUGGUGUCCUUUUAUUAAUACGCACUAUGUUGCCAGGCUGGUUUUCCCACUGUAUAGCAUCUGGGUCCUGUAAAAGAAAUUAGAUUUUUUGAUUUUGAUGAGGACUCCUCACCAUUGUAGAGUAAAUAGUACUUUCACAGUCUUAACAUGAUACCUCAUGCCUUCUGGAAUCCAGAGAGAUGGUCUCCUCCUCAUCAUCGUCUCCAUCAUGUGCUGUUGCUGCUGCACUGGGGCCUUCACCCUAUCACAUUUAAUCGGAUUCAUAUUGAAGCUAGUAGACAAGACAUGCCAGGCCUACAGUAUGCCUUUGAUGGAGUACUCACUGGAUCAGCAUCGUCUGGUGCUUGUGCUGGUGGCUCUAACAGGAACACAGUGCUGCCAGACACUGCAAGGCAAUAGGUAAACCAAAGUCAGACAGUCCAAAUUGAUUCAAUAUGAAUGUGGUUGUAUCCCAUGUAGAGAUGGAAGGACAUACCUUGAAUGAAGCGGGUGGCAUCUUGGGAGGAACCUAUGCUCGUCUCUUUCCCCCCAGGGAUCCCCUCUAAGACGGGCCUGCCUUUAUUUAGCUCCAAGGCCAUGUCCUCUGCUGGGGUAAGGUCAGCCUUUGGUGACCCACCACCCGUGCCUUGUCUGUGGGUAUUCUUUUUCACUGCUAAAACAGUACAGACAAUGUGUGAGCAGGCACCUUCUGGGUACAAUAUAUGCUUGUGCUUUGUUAAAUAUUAGUCAGGGACCAUACCAUUCUGCAGAAUGUUCUUGUAUUUGAUUUUGACCUGCUGCCAUGUCCGUUUUGGCCCGUUCAUGUUUAAUCUACACACACACACACACACACACACACACACAUUUAAUGGAGUCACACUGCAAAAAAUUACUUGGUAUUUUUGUCUUGUUUUCAGUAAAAAUAUCAAAAAAUUUAUCAUAGCUUUAUACAGUGUGAUGGAGUUACUUUACACAAUUUCACUCAUAUCUGCAGUGCAUUUCAAUUAAAAAUUUAACCGUUUCAUAAUUACAGUACAACUGCAUUUUUGGAGAUGUGAAUUAAAUAUUUGAAUUGUAAUUGUGAUGUUUCAGCGGAGCGGUGAGUGUGUAAUUGUGCACUACUUACGCAUUCAGGCGGUCUGCAAUACUUUGCCACGCUUUUUCUCUUUGCUUUAUCACUGUGGCGGUGUUGCCUUUCUUCUUAAUUAUAUCUUUUACCUCCUCGUAUGCCUCCAUGAGGAUUUGUGCUUCCGACGGGGAAAAGUACGCGGCUCUAGUUGCCAUGGUAAAUCAGUUAAUCUGUGAUCUGUGGCGGGGUCUAUUUGAGUGAGCCGUGAGCGCGCACCUAUCCAGGAUUGGUUUCACCUGGCUUAAUGAAUCCGUGUCUGCUCAUCCUGGCUUGGUCUUUGUGCAACCAAUUAAGCCUGGACGCACAUGUUUUGGCUUCAUUGAGCUCAGCUGAGUCAUUUAUCCCGGAUGUCUUAAUUCUACUUUUGUGCAACAGGCCCCAGGUUGCCAACAACAAACACAGGAAGUAUAUGUUGUGUGUAUGCUAUGCUAGCUAAAUGUAACUUACCUUGCUUUCUAACGUACUCCACUUUAAACAUGACAUACACGUUUGUUUUACUCUGUGUUGCUGUCCGACAACUCUUUUGGGAUAUUUCUGCCAACUCAUAUAGCCCAGACUAGAGACAGUAAAUAAUGACCACCGUAGGAGUUGUCAGACAACACAAACAGACCUGAGCCCAGGCUAUAAUAUUAGGUAUUGCAUUUUCUAAUGACAGCAAACGUAUUGGCUGACUGCUUGUUAGACCUGGCUCAUACUAGCUUUGUUUUCUCAAAAGGAAGGUGGCUUCAUCACAGGUACUCACCACAACAAUGCACAACGACGUUUGGAAGAUAGAGUUUCCCAACAAAAGACAGAGUUUCUCAGAAACGCAGAGAAGCUUAGAAAACAGUAAGUUCCUCGUAUUAAUAUGCAGGGGAAUUUAGAUUAUACAUGCACAUAUAUUGUAUUGAGACUCAUUUUCUGUUGUUCUUAAAACAGGAUUGAGAAACUUGAGAAAGAGAAGACGUUGAAUAAACAAAACAGGAAGAAUGGUCUUUCAGAUGAAUUUGGAGUAUUGGAAGAGUUUGAUAAAGGACUUCAGGAUGAUCGAAAUACUGAGCGUGUGUAUUUUUGUUGUUGUAGUACUCUUUUGUAUGGCACUUUAGUUUUUACAGACUAAAACAUAAUUUGAACAUCCUUAAUUAUCACAUUGUUCAUGUUCUUUGUCCCUCAGAUAUGAAUGUGCAAAAGCAUCUGGUGAAAAUCCAUAAUGGUGUAAAUAGAUUUCAGAUGCAGCUGACUGAUGUGAAGCCUACCCCUGAGUGUAAGUCAUAUGCUGGUUGAUGGUUAAACAUGUGCACGGAAACAGUACAGAUUGGGGAGUCAUGACAUUCAGUCAUUAACAUGUUUUCAUGAAGCCAUUUCAAUUUGAUACCCACUUCACCUACCUUUUAUACAGGCUGUUAUACUUGAACUACUUAGAAAUGCUGUUUUGUUUUUUAGUCAUUGAGAAACUGAAAGAAAUAAUGACAGAAGUUGAAAAUUCAAUCAACACUUACAAGGAGGACCAACGUCAAAGGUAUUGUAACAGCUGUCAUGUAAUGCAUGUUUCAAAAUGACUUGAUUAUAGUUUAGACUGAGAUUAACUGCCUCUUUCUUAUUCUUUUUAGUUUUGAGGAGCUAUUGAAAGAGGAAAGGACAUGCAGCCAGGAGAUAAGUGCUUUUGAAAAGAAGAUUGAGACUUGGUCUUUGGCUGUAAAAACAGACCCAAAGUUGCCCCCUGCUCCCUCAGCCAAGGUGUGUCUGGCCAAAGCCCUAGAGGAGGACCUCCCACCAGAGGUGACCGCACUAGAGAGGUUCCUACAGCAAACUGGAGGGAAGCAAGGAGGCUGGGACCAGUAUGACCAUCAGAGCUUUCUGAAGGUGUGGACCAAGCACAAUGGCAAACCAGCCUAUAGAAAAGAGGCUUUGCUCUACCUGCCAGGCAAAACUCCAGAAGACAUUGAACAGCACGAAGACUGGUAUCUUGAGCUCCUGUACCUCCAGGAGAAGAAGAAAGAGGUAGACUGGGCUUCACUUUGUAGGCAAUGUAAUGAGUUUCCAAAGUCACUUUCAACUGUGGGUGGGUAGAACAGUACCUGACAAUUACAGAAUUUAUCUGCCGCCAUUUAUGAGCUCUGGAAUGUCUCAGCCAGCUAUUUGUUUUGAGCUGUUAAAUCGCACUAAUAUACUUGCAAUAUUAGUUUUAUCUUCUUAAUGUUUAGCACAUUUUCACUAUCCAUGCACCAGGCCAUUCACCGGUGGAAGGCUGAGAGACAGCAGGAGAGGGCGACAAGGCUGCAGCACCAGAAUGAGCUGGAGAGCACUGCCAGGAGGGAGAGGGAGGUGCAGGCUGAGACCCAGCAGCGUAGGGCCGAGGAGGAGAGGAGGGAGGCGGCGACUCGCCUGGAUGGGUGGAAAAGGCAGCGCAGGCUGCGCCUGGAGCAGGAGGAGGAGCAGAGGCUCACUGAGGAGAUCCUGCAGGGGAGACAAGCCAAGGAGGAGCGCAGGAGACAGCUGGAGGUGAAGCUGGUUCUGGAGGCCCACAUUCGGCAGAAAAAGGAGGAAGAAGAACUUUUGAACAUGCAGAAGGAGGAACAGGAACAGGCAGAAAUGGAGGAGAAGAAGAGACUGGCAGGCUACGGCAUCAAACGCUUUCAGGAAAGGGUACGUGGAGGAUCAUUAUUUUCCAAUGGUACUACUCAAGGUAUUUUGUAUAUACAGUGCAUUCGGAAAGUAUUCAGACCCCUUAACUUUUUCCACAUUUUGUUACGUUACAGCCUUUCUAAAAUGGAUUUUAAAAAACAACAUCAUCAAUCUACACACAAUACUCCAUAAUGACAAAGCAAAAACAGGUUUUUAGAAACAGAAAUACCUUAUUUACAUAAGUAUUCAGACCCUCGAAAUUGAGCUCAGGUGCAUCCUGUUUCUAUUGAUCAUCCUUGAGAUGUUUCUACAACUUCAUUGGAGUCCACCUGUGGUAAAUUCAAUUGAUUGGACAUGAGUUGACAGUGCAUGUCAGAGCAAAAACCAAGCCAUGAGGUCGAAGGAAUUGUCCGUAGAGCUCCGAGACAGGAUUGUGUCGAGGCACAGAUCUGGGGAAGGGUACCAAAAAGUGUCUGCAGCAUUGAAGGUCCCCAAGAACACAGUGGCCUCCAUGAUUCUUAAAUGGAAGAAGUUUGGACCCACCAAGACUCUUCCUAGAGCUGGCCGCCCGGCCAAACUGAGCAAUCAGGGGAGAAGGGCCUUGGUCAGGGAGGUGACCAGGAACCGGAUGGUCACUCUGACAGAGCUCCAGAGUUCCUCUGUGGAGAUGGGAGAACCUUCCAGAAGGACAACCAUCUUUGCAGCACUCCACCAAUAAGGCCUUUAUGGUAGAGUGGCCAGACGGAAGCCACUCCUCAGUAAAAGGCACAUGACAGCCCGCUUGGAGUUUGCCAAAACGCACCUAAAGGACUCUCAGACCAUGAGAAACAAGAUUCUCUGGUCUGAUGAAACCAAGAUUGAACUCUUUGGCCUGAGUGCCAAGCGUCACAUAUGGAGGAAAACUGGCGCCAUCCCUAUGGUGAAGCAUGGUGGUGGCAGCAUCAUGCUGUGGGGAUGUUUUUCAGCGGCAGGGACUGGGAGACUAGUCAGGAUUGAGGGAAAAAUGAACGGAGCAAAGUAUAGAGAGAUCCUUGAUGAAAAACCUGCUCCAGAGUGCUCAGGACCUCAGACUGGGGCCAAGGUUCACCUUCCAACAUGACUACGACCCUAAACACACAGCCAAGACAAUGCAGGAGUGGCUUCGGGACAAGUCUCUGAAUGUCCUUGAGUGGCCCAGCCAGAGCCCGGACUUGAACCCGAUCGAACAUCUCUGGAGAGACCUGAAAAUAGCUGUACAGCGACGCUCCCCAUCCAACCUGACAGAGCUUGAGAGGCUCUGCAGAGAAGAAACUCCCAAAUACAGGUGUGCCAAGCUUGUAGCGUCAUACCCAAGAAGACUAGAGGCUGUAAUCGCUGCCAAAGGUGCUUCAACAAAGUACUGAGUAAAGGCUCUGAAUACUUAUGUAAAUGUAUUAUGGGGUGGAGGAAAGUGAAAUUAUAGUGGUUAACCUACUUAUCUGCAGGACUUCCAGAAGUUGGAGACAAAAGUGCAGGAGCGACGGGAGAAGGAAAAGCAGCAUCUGGAUAGACAGAAGAGACUGGCUAAGCUGAAGGAGAAGGUAGGACCUUACACAGCAGCAGGCACUGAUUCCAUUGUACACAUAAUGUAUGCCAUCAAUAAUGGUCUGCUAUUCAUUUGAUCUCAUUAGGCAGAGGCUCAUAUCAGCAGAGACCCUUCCAGACUCUGCAAACCCACCAAAGGAUGGGAGGAACGCACCAAAGAGAUUGGACCCACCGGGGGCGGACCUGUAUUACAGAUGUUUCAUAGGUGAAUUAGCCCCAAACAUUCCCAAAUCACCCAUCUUUAUCUGUAACUAAUCUAUGAUCAUCAUCAUUUUCUUACAGGGCUGUCCCAAGCUGGAGACAAGGCUUAUGAGGAUGUCUGACUGGAACCAAUAUUUACUUUGCUAAUUUGUUUUUAUUGAUCAUGCAAAAUUCAUGUCUCAGUGUGGUUAUUUGUCAUUUCAACACACUUGUAUCCUUGCUUUGUGUAAUUUCCUAUUUUAUACAAUAAAUGAUCA